CCCGGGCUGGAGGCUGAUGGAACCGCCAAGAUGUUCGCUCCCCGGCUCCUGGAUUUCCAGAAGACGAAGUACGCGAGGUUCAUGAACCACCGAGUCCCCGCCCACAAGCGGUACCAGCCCACGGAGUAUGAGCAUGCUGCCAACUGUGCCACCCAUGCCCUCUGGAUCAUUCCCAGCAUCCUCGGCAGCUCCAACCUCUACUUCCUGUCGGAUGAUGACUGGGAGACCAUUUCUGCCUGGAUCUACGGCCUUGGCCUCUGUGGGCUCUUUGUGGUGUCCACUGUCUUCCACACGAUCUCCUGGAAAAAGAGCCACCUCAGGAUGGUGGAGCACUGCCUGCACAUGUUCGACCGCAUGGUCAUCUACUUCUUCAUAGCAGCCUCCUACGCGCCCUGGCUGAACCUUCGGGAACUGGGGCCCUGGGCCUCCCACAUGCGCUGGCUGGUCUGGAUCAUGGCCUCCGUCGGCACCAUCUAUGUCUUCUUCUUUCAUGAGCGGUACAAGCUUGUGGAGCUGCUCUGCUAUGUCAUCAUGGGCUUCUUCCCGGCCCUGGUAAUCCUUUCAAUGCCCAACACUGAGGGCAUCUGGGAGUUGAUGACCGGAGGAGUCUUCUACUGCAUGGGCAUGGUGUUCUUCAAGAGCGAUGGGAGGGUCCCCUUCGCCCAUGCCAUCUGGCAUCUCUUUGUGGCAUUUGGUGCUGGUACUCACUACUAUGCCAUCUGGAGGUAUCUCUAUCUGCCCAGCACCCUGCAGGCCAAGGUAUCCAAAUGAGAUGGCCCAGACGUCACAGAGCCUGUGGGCAUUUGGAACAGAGCAUCUCGGGAAGUGUUUCUGUGAACCUUAGCUCAGAUCACAAUGCCUGGACCUGUCUGCCCUUCCGUGGGUAGAGUGAGCUUUUGAGGGGUCCGAGGUUACUUCUGGUGACAACCAGACCAUCUUUGUUUCCAGGUGACAAAGAAAGAAUUUAGUCAUUUUACAGAGGAGAAAUUAAUCCUGUUAUGUGCUUCUAUUCUAGACAAGUGUUUCCUAAUACAGUCAACAUUAACAUCUUCAGAAAAGGGAGUGGACACUGCCCUGGAAAACUGGGAAGCAAUGAGCCAAUAUGUGCUUCUUAAGACCCUGAGAAAUCUCUCAGGGUGGGUUUUUUUAAUACCUGGAUGGCCAGAGCUUCCUUUCCUGCUACCAAGUCCUGGCUUGGGGAAUUGUCCCAUUCAGGGAACAUGAUCCAGCUUGUGGAUCAAGAAUGGUGAAUAUCCAUGACCAUCGCAGACAUUACCAAUCAACUGCAGCAUGGUGUCAUCAGACUUCCCGAGUCAGAGCUCUGGGCAGUCACUCCCAAUCAAUUUGGCACUCAUGAAGUCACCUCUUUGCCUUUCCUGCCCAGAGUGCUGUGCAGUGGGACCAAGGCCUCACCUGUUACAUCUCCUUGUGGGGAAGCAUGCUUAUCUUCUGACACUAUGCCUGCACCCCUUCCCUUUUGCCAUUUUGGAGAAGCUCCAUUUUGGGCAGUCCAGGGGCAGUAGGAAGAGAUCAAGGCAUACACUUGGGGCAGCCCCUGACUCUCUCCACCAUCGCUGGUUCUCAGGACAGAGGAGAAGUGAGCGACUGGGGUGGGGAAGCUGUUGCUUGGUCAUUUCUCAGAGGAAUUACAAGUGCUGCUCAUUAGGGAGGACAGGCAUGUCCUGGAAACAUGCUCACCGGAUCCAGAUUUUGGGUUGACGAUGACAAAUUCAGAUUCUCACUUGAUACCAAGCAAUGGCCCUUCUGGGCUCCUCAGGUGAACCCCGGAGGGCAGGCCUCAGUUAGUUUGAUGUGGAUCAUGGCAGGCUGUCUGGAGACCUCCAACCUGUGAGUCCCUGUUACCCCAGUGAAAGGCUUUCAAGGGCCUUACCUCACAGCCUGCUGCCUGGCUGGACCAGCUGCUUGGUACCAGGCUCAUGGACACAUAACUGGGAAUGAGGGAGCCGGCCCAUCUCCAGGAUCUGAAUGGGAAUCUCAGAAUGCUUGGAUCAAGGAUUUGAUUUGUCUCCACUCAGACAUCCUUUUCCACGACUCCCAGCCAGAGUUGAGUGGGCAAGGAUGGGUAAAGACAGGAUGCCUUAUGUUUAUUUUUAGUACAUUCCAGGGUAUUUCCGGGCUCUGACAUCUGGAAUCCUGUGUGUCCAAGCCAGUAUUAGAUCACUGUGACCUUCCUCAGAGAGGUGGGUGCAGAACUGGCUGAUGCACUAGGGCUGUUUUGUCCUCGUGUGUGUGUGUGUGUGUGUGUGUGUGUGCAUGGGGACAUGCAUGUGGGUGUGCUCGUGUGCAUAUGAGUGCAUGUGUGUGCGUCUACCCUGCCAUUCCUAGGCCCUGGAAACAGCCUUCAGGCAGCGUGCAUACCUGCACACAUCAACUGGGGUCAGGGUUGAAAGCCAGUGGGGAGGGGAAGCUUUAUGGGGGAGGACAGGCUGGGUUUACCAACCCUCAGUUGGGGGUAGGAUGGGGGCAGAGUCAUGUGGGUUCUGGUCUGCUGUUGAGUGAACCUCCCAAAGUGUCAGCACCCUGCCAACUGGAUAAAAAUCCUCUUAUGGGGGCGCCAAAGCCCUGCUAGAGGGCCGUGCUGGGUGCUGGGGCCUCUUUAGUGGCCUUGCAGGCCCUGCUGAGGGGCCUGCAGUCUGAUGCCUGCAUCUCCUGGGGUUCCCUCCUCCUGGACAUUUGAUCUUGCAUUUCCCCCAGCAUCAUCUGCCUUUUUACAUCCCUGCCACAUAUUUUAAGGUGCCUAUUCACCCUCUCUUCUGAUCAACCUACCCCUAUUUUUUCAAAGUCUCACUCAGGCAUCAGCAUAGAGGAACUUCUAGCUCACCUCUGACUUGGGUACUCUCCCUUUCCACUUCUCAACAACCCCUGUGCUUACUUGUACCACAGCAGGGUACAGGUGAGUUCUGUCCUUUGUCACCCUGGUAAUUAUGUCUGCUCCCCCACAAUCCAAGAUCUCCUAGAGGAGGGAUUGUGUCUUGCUAGACUUGGGGUGAGAUCUAUCAUCCUCCAUUGUGAGGGCUUGGACCAAUUCCUCAAUCUCUUUCCUCAGUUAAGACAGCAGGGUUGCCUGAAGAUUCAGCAGGAUAAGGAAUAUCAAAUACCCACCAUGGUCUCCUUCUCCUAAUUGAUGCCCUUGUGCAUUUGGGAAGCAACCCCUGUUAAGGAAGGUAACACUCUUCCAAGGGUGUCAGCAAACUUACUAGCCAAAGAAAUGAAUCACUAAUGGUGAAAUCUCUGACUGUGGACAGCCAAAUGAGGGAAUUCUAUAGGACCUUGACCACAUUUUCUUGCUUUGCUUCAAUUCAGGAUAUUCUCCCAUGAACUCUUUCUUUUCUGAGCAUCAUGUUGAAAGAGUUUCUUGGAAUGCAGUUUCACCCUAGACUUCCUCCAAACAUGUCCCAAAUAGUGCAGGAAAUACAAGGCGUUCCUUUCACCAGUCUCUCUAUAGGUAAGGCCCUGUCCCAGGAGUGUUGUACUGGGUUUGUACAGUGGGCACAACACUGAACAUUCAGAUCCCAGCAGCUCCUUCCUUCCCAUCCCUGAGACUGUCAUGUGGCAGAACUAACCAGUAAAGUGACUGUCAUGUCCCAAGGAGCCAGGGGGGCAGUAGACAGUAGAUAGGUCUGUUUGACCUUCCACCACUUCAGUGACUGCUUCUGCUUAGGAUUGAGUUAGGCACUUGCCAGGUACAGUGAGCGGUGGGAGCUGUAAGGGAGGUUAGAGGUGGAGGCAGGACUGGGGGACAGGCUCACGCUCAACCUACGCAGGGUAAAGCCAGAUCUUUGCUGGGAGGAAGCCAGAACGGCUGUUCUCAGCUCUGAAGUUCAGCCAGCGAGCUACCAAAGAGGUUUGUUAAAUUACAGAUGCAGGGGGUGAUCAUUUGUGCGAAGCCACUCAUGUAGCUCCCAGUGGCAGGGAGGCCCCGGGCUGCCUCCAGCCCUGUGUUUGCUCUGAACGUCUUCUCUGCUGAUGUUCACUGCAGGACUUGGGACGCCCCUUUAAAAGACUGGCCCACAGGCCCCCGCAGUACGUGCCUCCUGUGUACAGCUGGCCAGCAGGAGGCCCAUGGGUCUCUCUGUUAUCUUCUGUGGGGGUUGAUGUCCAGGGCUGAUCUGCUUUGACCUCAACUCUGAGCUGGAAGGAGUGGAAGAGCAGCUGAGGGUGUCUAUCUUGCAGAUGGGCGAAUGGGUGGGAGCAGUGGGGUGGCCUGCCUGUGGCAUAGUCAUAGAGUCCAGUGAACUUGGCCAGAACCCCACCUGAUUCCAGCCCAGUGUGCAUUUUACUCCCUGUUUCCAUGUGGCCAAGUUUGGUUGGUCAGCCAGCAGGAAGCUGUGGCCAUCUUGGAAGAGACGCCUGGAGCAGCCUGGAGACCUGGGUUUUGCUUCUCUGUUUCCUGCUCAUGGUGUGACUUUGCACAAAUGACUUCGCUGGGCUUCCAUCUGACCAGCUAUAAAGUGCUCUUACUUGACGGACUGCACGCUGCUGGUCCAUCUCCAGGCUGUGCAUGCUAGGGAUGAGCAAUGAGCAUGCUAGGGGUGUGAGCAAUGGAUUGGAGCCUUGGUCAGAUGCCUGUGUCUCUGUGGGUCCACACAGAGCUCUGCACUUAGCAGGGGUCCAGACAAAUUUGGGGAUGAGUGGGAAAGGGUGAACUUGGUCUUCAUUUCUUCCUCUCCUGAGGUGGGAGGCGUGGCUGGGGGGCCUCCUGCAAGUGGACCCUGGUACAUGGGGGUCAGGAAGAAGCAGACUCAUAGUCAUGGUCCUGUGGCACCUCUCCAGUCUUGCUUCGUGGAGGCUCUCAACAUGGGAAGGCCAACAGAAAUGCCAGUGGGCUGGUGUUUCCCACAUUGAGUUGACAGUGUGCUGUGGCUCUGGGGAGUGGGUCUGCAGUUUGGAAACUGGUGUCUGAGGCCAGCCUGCGGAUGCGGGAUGAAGGAUCCAGAGCCCCCAGGAGGCAGGCCAGGUGGAGAGUAUGAAGCUAGGGUUCUCUGAGGAGGGACCCCGAGACUCACCCAGGCUCGUUGUAGGUUGAGAGAGUGUGUCUAGAUCCUAGAGACUGGGGUGGGGGUUUGUUUUAUUUUCAACAAAAUAAUUUGUUAUUAUAAGCAUUUUAUAAGAUACUAGAAAGGUGGAAGGGUUUUAGUCUCCCUACCUCUCAGGUGAUUGUUCUUAAUCCUUUGUGGGUUUUUGUGUUUUUUUCCUCUGACAUUUUGUAUCUUACCCUUUUUUUUUUUAAGAAAUAUUUUUGUUUAUUAUUCCAGAUGCUUUGCAAACAUUAUUGUACAGGUCUCCACUGAGUGGCUAUUCCACAACUUCUCUAGCCACUUCUUUCACUUUUAAUUAGAGUGCAUGUUGGCAAUAGGAUCUCUCCACAUCAGUUUCCCCCAAUUUCAUACGUUUUCUUCAGGUCACAUUAAGAAGCUGGGUGAAUCUCCUCUUGCUGCCUGCUGUCUCUGGACUGAUAGUCCCCUAAACGUGGCCCUUGUGUCAGGAGAGUUGGCACACCAGGAGCCUGCUGCUGGGUGCUUCCAGGGGCUGGUCUAGCUGGAAGAUUCCGGAAAGUCAGCUCCAGCCUGCAGCCUGUGUGAUGGCCCAUGGAGCAGGGCACGGGGAGUGAGGGCGUGGAGGGACUUUCCCAGGUCCCGAGUGCCAGGGCUUUGUGGCCGGUGCGCUCAGCCCGCGUGAUGCUGCCCACUCUGGUGGGAGACGGGUGUCAGCCAGGGCAAAGGUGUGUCCCAUGUGGUGGUACCCGAAACCGACGGUUAAAUAUUCAGAAGUGGUUGCCAAACCACUGGCACUGUGAGAUUGGUCUCGGCAGGAGUACCUACCCGUGGAAAUUGGCAAAGGCUGCGUGGCAGAGAUCAGUAUUUUCUGAGAGCAGGCUUCCAGGCCCGCUGCUGCCCGAGGCUGUGUCUGCUUUUCUGUAUCCCGCCCUGCUCUUCACCAGGACGCCAGGUUACAUAUAGAUGCCCAACUGUGUACUCACGUCCACAUUCUUAUAUAUUCUUGUUUUUUUUUUUAAGAUUUAUUUAUUUUUGCAUACAAGAACUGGGGUACAGGCCAGAGUUGC